GGAGAUGCAGAGGUCUUUAGGACCCAGCAGGCGGCGGCAGGCGGCAGUUGUGUAGAUCACUGAGAGACUACGAGGGUCCGGUUCAGUUUUAAUUCUGUCUCUAAUCUCUGCAACAGCCGCUCUUCCUGGGUCCCGCGGCUCUCCUACCCACUCAGCCGCGGCUGGCAGCCGGGCGAAAAUCAGAGCCACCCGCCCCCCCAUCACCCACCAUGGAAACCCUCCAAGAAAAAGUGGCUCCGGACGCGUGUGCCUGAGGAUUCCUCACAAAAGAGGUGCCCAAAAUGAAGACCCUGAUGCGCCAUGGUCUGGCUGUGUGUUUAGCGCUCACCACCAUGUGCACCAGCUUGUUGCUCGUGUACAGCAGCCUCGGCGGCCAGAAGGAGCGGCCCCCGCAGCAACAGCAGCAGGCAGGGGCGACCGGCAGCGCGCAGCCGUCGGCAGAGAGCAGCCCCCCCUCGAGACCCCGGAUCCCCGCGGCACCGCGGCCGUUGGACGGAUACCUCGGCGUGGCGGACCACAAGCCCCUGAAAAUGCACUGCAGGGACUGUGCCCUGGUGACCAGCUCCGGGCAUCUGCUGCACAGCCGCCAAGGCCCCCAGAUAGACCAGACCGAGUGCGUCAUCCGCAUGAACGACGCCCCCACGCGCGGUUACGGGCGCGACGUGGGCAACCGCACCAGCCUGAGGGUCAUCGCGCACUCCAGCAUCCAGAGGAUCCUCCGCAACCGCCACGACCUGCUCAACGUGAGCCAGGGGACCGUGUUCAUCUUCUGGGGCCCCAGCAGCUACAUGCGGCGCGACGGCAAGGGCCAGGUCUACAACAACCUGCAGCUCCUGAGCCGCGUGCUGCCGCGGCUGAAGGCCUUUAUGACCACGCGCCACAAGAUGCUGCAGUUUGAUGAGCUCUUCAAGCAGGAGACUGGCAAGGACAGGAAGAUCUCAAACACUUGGCUCAGCACUGGCUGGUUCACAAUGACAAUUGCACUGGAGCUCUGUGACAGGAUCAAUGUUUAUGGCAUGGUGCCCCCAGACUUCUGCAGGGACCCCAAUCACCCUUCAGUACCUUAUCACUAUUACGAACCUUUUGGACCUGAUGAAUGUACAAUGUACCUCUCCCACGAGCGAGGACGGAAGGGUAGUCAUCACCGCUUUAUCACAGAGAAACGCGUCUUUAAGAACUGGGCACGGACAUUCAACAUUCACUUCUUUCAACCAAACUGGAAACCAGAAUCGCUUGCUAUAAAUCAUCCUGAGAAUAAACCUGUGUUCUGA